UUGCAAUAUUCUUUCGUGCCAUGGGAAUAUGACGAUGAAACCAUUGAGAUUUGCCGAGAGUAUACCGAAUUACACGCCAAUUAUACCGACGAAAUUAUAAACGCCAUGAAGCAGGCUAUCGAAAAGGGCACUCCCGUAAAUCCACCUAUUUGGUGGAUUGAUCCGCUUGACCCGGAAGCUCACAAGAUUAAUGAUGAGUAUCUUCUUGGAGAGAAUAUACUAGUUGCUCCAGUGACCAUAGAGGCUGCCGAAAGUCGCAAUAUCUAUCUACCUAAAGGAAAAUGGUACGAUGUGAACCGAGUUAAGACUCACGAAGGACCGAUAUGGCUGACGGACUAUCUUGCUCCCCUAAACGUACUUCCAUACUUUUUAAGAGUAAAAUAAAUACAAAAGAAUUAAAAAGAUUUCAAUAAAAUAUUUAUUUAUACAAAUGUAUAUAAAUUAUCUUGCAACAUGUCAUAGUUUUUUGUUUCGAGAUGUGUAUGCUUUCUCUUCAUAUGUAAAGAUUGAAUGUUGAUCAGAGAAAGUCAAGCAGGAAAUAAAAUCGCUAUUUACUUACCAGUAAAGAUC